GUGACUUAAUUCAAGUAAAUCAAUAUAAAUAUAAUUCAGAUAUGAGUUAAGCAUGAUAUAUAUAUAUAUAUAUAUUUAAUGGUAAUAAUAAUAUAGAAUACUUUAGUCGGUAUAUUUGAUUGUAUAUAAAACAAAUUUAUAUACCUUUUACUUAUCUCUUAAAUAUGAUAAAAGAAUGCUUACAGUUACAACACAUAAAAGUGAACUCAUGUACUCAAUUGAUCUAGCUCAUUAAAAUUAUUCAACUGUAAGAAAAAAACAUAUCUCAAACUCAUCAAAUAAACUUUAAUAAAGUCAGACUAAUCAAUCACUCCAUGAACUAGUUUUGAGUUUUGACACUCCAUCUGACCGACAUACUGUACGUGGGCCGUCGAGAUUAUUUUGAAUUUAUAAAUGGGUUUUAACUCAAAAACCGAAUUCGAAUAAGCCCAAACAUAAAUCAACAAAGCCCAUUUGAGGCCCAUAUUCAAUAACUAAAGACACAUCACGGCUAAAAACCUCAGAAAACCCCUCUCUCUCUCUCACUGAAGCUAAUCGUCGCCGGAGAAAAUGGCGACGAAGAAGGCCGCGAAGAAGGGACUGAUCGGCGGGAUGAGCUUCGCGAAAGACGCCGGAGCGAUCAAUUGGUUCCCCGGUCACAUGGCCGCCGCAACUCGCGCCAUCCGCAGCCGCCUCAAGCUCUCCGAUCUCGUCAUCGAAGUUCGCGAUGCCCGUAUUCCAUUGUCGUCGGCGAACGAGGAUCUGCAGCCACAGUUGUCAGCGAAGAGACGUAUCAUAGCUCUGAACAAGAAAGAUUUAGCUAACCCCAAUGUUCUCAACAAAUGGACUCAUCAUUUUGAAUCGAAGAAGCAAGAUUGUGUUGCUAUUAAUGCGCAUAGCAGAAGCUCUGUCAAGAAGCUUCUUGAUCUCGUGGAGUUUAAGCUUAAGGAAGUGAUUGCUAGGGAGCCUACUUUGCUUGUGAUGGUGGUUGGUGUCCCCAACGUUGGCAAAUCUGCGCUGAUUAACUCUGUUCAUCAAAUCGCAGCGACUCGGUUUCCUGUGCAGGAUAAAUUAAAGAGAGCAACGGUUGGUCCAUUGCCUGGCGUGACUCAAGAUAUUGCUGGUUUUAAGAUUGCUCAUCGACCUAGCAUAUAUGUUCUGGACUCACCUGGUGUGUUGGUCCCAAAUAUCCCCGAUAUCGAAACCGGUCUGAAGCUUGCACUUUCAGGGUCCGUCAAAGAUUCAGUGGUGGGUGAAGAGCGGCUUGCACAAUACUUUCUAGCUAUUUUAAACACUCGAGGGACUCCUCUACAUUGGAAGUACUUAUUCGAGGGAAGAAACGAAGUUUCUGCUCAUCCAGACUCCAUCGAUAAACCAAGCUACAACUUAAAGGAUCUUCGACACCAGAGAUCAAAACAACCAGAUUCAUCUGCUGUGCACUACGUUGGGGGUAUGAUCUCAGAAGUGCAACGAUCGCUGUACACAACUCUCUCAGAAUUCGAUGGGGACACAGAGGAUGAGAACGAUUUGGAAUGUUUGAUAGAACAGCAGUUUGAAGCUUUACAGAAGGCAUUGAAGGUUUCUACCAGAGCAUCAUCAGAAGCAAGGUUAAUGGUGUCCAAGAAGUUUCUUACUUUGUUUAGGACAGGUAGACUCGGUCCUUUCAUCCUUGACGAUGUCCCUGAAACUGACAUGUCCUUGUAAAAUCAAAAGCAGAUUGUAACACAUUGAUGGAUGAUGAUUUUAUUUGUUUAAAUUUUGAGAUUCAAUGGCGUUGGCUUCAGUAACUUCCAAUGUAUUUUUGAAUGAACAAAACUGAAUCAUGAUAAGAUUUGGCAUGUGCCAGAAACAAUAAAA